AGCGCGCGAACGAUAUGUGAAAACGUUCACAAACGCUCUAUAAAGCUUCGUAACGCCGUGAGAGACACACCCCAUGUGAAUAUUAACAAAAAAAGGACUGUAAAUAAUGAAGGGUUGGAGGCGCGUGUGCGCCACGUGUGUGACGCGGAUGCUCUUUACCUGCUCAAGUUUCCACGCACUAAUGUCAAGGACUCUUCUCGCAUUUAUUUACCAUGCAUCGUACGGCUGCGCGUCAUGCUCGCACGUGGUGGAGAAGAUUCGAGGUCAAAACAAUCUCAAAUAUAUACGCGCCGCGUGUCGGGUGGGAGUUGAGGCUUCAGUAUUAUUUCGGUGCAGGCACGUGCAGUGACGUUAACGGUAAUCAGGUCAUCGCCUGCAUCGAUCGUGUCGCCGGACGACAUAUUAUAUAUUCUUAUUGAGAAAAAAGAUGCCACCUACUGUUUGCCUUGCGGAGUUCCCGUCGGCAGGAAGCACCGUUAACGCUUACGUUUGCCGACGACAAAGAGCACAAAACAGAGCAAACUUCAAGCGACAAACGUUGGCUAUGGAACAAACUCUGCGAAGCGAAAUCAUCGGUGAAAUCCCACUGGCAUCUCGCACGAAUCGUUCGCCGAAAUUAGGAUGCAUCAGUACGGUUCCCGAUUGUUACGCGAUAGAUAAAAGCGGAUGGUUCCCGACCCACACAGAUGAGCACUACAGGAAGCUUGUUGCUGCAAGAAAAGAUCUGUUGAGUAUCGUUAUUCGUACGAUAACUCUUGUACGGCGCAAUCGUAUCCUUCAGAGACGUGUGAAUGCGUUGCGAGCAGAAACGCGGAGGUUUCUUCGUUCAGUAUUAAACAAUCCGGAAAAUCAGCAUUGUCAAGAUAGAUUGCAAAUGCGGCAACUUGACGGUGAUAUUGUCUCAUCAUCCACGGACAAGGUUGUCUCGCUGACAUCGGUGCUACUUGACUCUGAUCCGACCGGAAAUUCAUCCGAUUCCUCUCACAGAGUUACCUCUACCUACGAUAAUCACGAUUAUAAUGAGAAUCGUGCAUUCGUGUGCAAAGAAUAGGGUUACUAACCGAUUCUUUUGUGUAUUUUUACCUUAGUCCAUCCACACAUCUGUCGUAUAUAAACAUUUUAUUCUGUAUACAUAUAUACACACAUGUGUAUAUACCUAAAUGUAUAUAAGGGAUAAAAUUUUUAUAUAUAUAUAUGUAUAUAUAGGAAAUAAACUCUUUUCUCAACAAAUACAACAAGCAACUCUCAGGCCAAUAAGAGCCCAUCUUAAGUAUUAUAAAGUUUGAAAUAAUCCAAGCCAAGCCAGCAUGUCGUAAUCGGAAGCAGCAAUGAUUUAUGAUCCCUGUAAUAUUUGUGGACUAAUGUAAGUGGAAAUCUCUACAACAUCAUCUCUGUUCUAAUUUCAAAAUGACGUACUUUUAAAAGCGCAAAAAAAAAAGAACAGAAGAAGAACCUUGAUUCAUUAUGUGAUAUUCCUCCACUAAUUUGACGCACGGUAUUUAACUUGACGUCUAAGAUAUGCAAAAUUAUGAGAAUCUUAAUUGGAUGAUUCAACAUAAUUAAUGUUUCGCGUGUUUAUCUAUUAGAACACAUGGCGUGAGAGAAAUGUGAUGACGAUGGUGAUAAUGUGUGUAUGCGUGCGUGCGUGUGUGUACAGAAAUAAUAUAUUUAUAAAACGAAUUUGAUAGAUCUUUCACACACAGUUAAGAAAUUAUUAUUUAUUGUACAUAAUAUCAUGGUGUAUUUUGAAAUAUUUACACUUAAUCGACAGAUCGAAAGCAAUGUUAAUACUGCAUUUAAUCUAUAUCUUAGUUUUACAAUUGUGUGAUAAUUAUAGUACGUACAUUUCAGGGAUAUAAUUAAUAAAUUUCAUAUACUGACGAAACAAUCAUGUGAUAAAUAUUCUUUUAACACGAAUGCAUUAUUCAAUCAAACUCUAUGUAGAAACAACUAAUAGUAUUGGUGCCUAAAAAUGCAUGUAUUACGUACGCGCCUAAGCGCUACUCUCUGGUCACUGAAGCAAUACAAAUAAAUAAAUAUAAAUAAAUAAAUAAAUAUAUAUAUAUUUAUUUAUUUAUUUAUUUAUUUAUGAUAGAGAAACGCGGCGAUUAUAGAUGAUAUUUAGAUGAUAUUUAGAUUAGUUAUAAUGGUUAGAUUUAAUCAUAAUAUUUCCUGUAGGUUUAAGGAUAUUUUAUUGGUCAUAUAAUCACGGAAAGUGUUUUGGGAAUUUAAUCUUACAUAUGCGAAUAAAUCUAUUGCAAAAAAGCGUUUACAAAUACCUUGAGAUAUAAUAUUAAGAUAUAAUUAAGAUAUGUCGACUUUAACCGAGUACAUAGUAGUUGAGCACAAAAGUUUUAAAACUGUUGUAAUUGAUGAUAAGCAUAUUGACAAAAAGAAAGAAACGUGUAUUAUCAGUUUUUUGUAUAUUUUUAUUUUAAUACUAUGCAACCUAAUACCAUGCAACAUUAAUAACCAUAAUAUAUAUAAUAAAAAAAAUGUUUUUUUAAUAUAUAAUAAAAAAGUUUUUUUAAUAUAUAAUAA